UGUUGAAUACUGCUAUGGCUAAUUCAAACUUUUGAUGACUUGCGUUAGGACCAAUCAGGCAAAAGUGCUGAGUUUAGUAGAUAUUUCGUUUUUUUGCCACAUUUAAUUUUCACCAAGGUCAUUAUAACCAUCACUUUUAAUUACUUUUUUCAAAUAAAGGCAGGACCAGACUAGUGAAGCUGAGGUUGUUCUCGAGCUAAAAGUGGAGAGAGAAAGGAGCAGACUUAACUUGGAGGAGCUAACAAACCUAUUGGAUGGAGGAGCAGUGUUUACUAACAAAAGAAGAGAAAUGGUUUUAAAUAGUUAAAAUGGUAGUGGAGGAUCCAGUAUUUAAGAGAGACAACAAGUAUUUUCUGUCUUCUGAGGAAUCUUUUGACUCUGCAAUCAGGAAAAAUGUUCAUUACAUUGAAUUAUUAAAGUCAGGAAUGCUAAAUAAAAGUAACGGCAAAGCCUAUUUUGAAAGUGCAAUAGAUGAUGACUUCCCACAGCUGUUCAUGAGUUAAUGUUUGUACCAACAAUUGAAGGUCAAGGCAAUGAAGAACAAAAAGAGAAAUGGUUAAAAAUAUCUCGUAAUUUUGAUAUCAUUGGAUGUUAUGCUCAAACUGAACUUGGACAUGGAACCUUUAUUAGAGGUCUUGAAACUACAGCAACUUAUGACCCCUCAACUAAGGAUAUUGUUAUGAAUUCCCCAACACUAAAUUCAAUGAAAUGGUGGCCUGGAUCAGUUGGUCACACUGCCACACAUGCUAUUGUUGAUGCAAGAUUAAUAACUAAAGGAAAAGACGAAGGAAUUCAUUUAUUUAUUGUGCAAAUAGAAGCCUUGAGGACCACAAGCCAUUACCAGGAAUAAAGGUGGGUGACAUUGGACCAAAGCUUGCAUAAUUUGGUAUGGACAA